GCAGGCGCAGAGAGCGCAAGCCCCGCGCUACGCGUCGCUGGUCCCCUCCCCCCCGCGCCCGCCUGUCCACAGCCCCGCCGCGCGUGCACAUGGAGGGGAGCGCGAGCCCCCAGGACAAGCCCCGCGCCCGCCCCGCGGCUGCCGUGCUGUGCCGGGGCCCAGUAGAGCCGCUGGUCUUCCUGGCUAACUUUGCCUUGGUCCUGCAGGGCCCGCUCACCACGCAGUACCUGUGGCACCGCUUCAGCGCCGAUCUCGGCUACAAUGGCACCCGCCACACGGGGGGCUGCAGCAACCGCAGCUCGGACCCCACCAUGCAGGAAGUGGAGACCCUUACCUCCCACUGGACCCUCUACAUGAACGUGGGCGGCUUCCUGGUGGGGCUCUUCUCGUCCACCCUGCUGGGAGCCUGGAGCGACUGUGUGGGCCGCCGACCGCUGCUGGUGCUGUCCUCGCUGGGCCUGCUGCUCCAGGCCCUAGUGUCCGUCUUUGUGGUGCAGCUGCAGCUCCAUGUCGGCUACUUCGUGCUGGGUCGCAUCCUUUGUGCCAUCCUCGGCGACUUCAGUGGCCUCCUGGCUGCGAGCUUUGCGUCCGUGGCAGAUGUCAGCUCCAGCCACAGUCGCACCUUCCGGAUGGCCCUGCUGGAAGCCGGCAUCGGGGUGGCUGGGAUGUUGGCAAGCCUCCUUGGGGGCCACUGGCUCCGGGCCCAGGGUUAUGCCAACCCCUUCUGGCUGGCCCUGGCCUUGCUGAUAGCCAUGACUCUUUAUGCAGCUUUCUGCUUUGGUGAGACCUUAAAAGAGCCAAAGUCCACGCGGCUCUUCACUUUCCGUCACCAUCGAUCCAUUGUCCAGCUUUAUGUGACUCCAGCCCCUGAGAAGUCCAGGAAGCAUUUAGCCCUGUACUCACUGGCCAUCUUCGUGGUGAUCACUGUGCACUUUGGGGCUCAGGACAUCUUGACCCUGUAUGAACUGAGCACACCCCUCUGCUGGGACUCCAAACUAAUCGGCUAUGGUUCUGCAGCUCAGCAUCUCCCCUACCUCACCAGCCUGCUGGGCCUGAAGCUUCUGCAGCACUGCCUGGCGGAUGCCUGGGUGGCCGAGAUUGGCCUGGCUUUCAACAUCCUGGGGAUGGUGGUCUUUGCCUUUGCCACCAUCACGCCUCUCAUGUUCACAGGAUAUGGGUUGCUCUUCCUGUCGUUAGUCACCACACCCAUCAUCCGGGCCAAACUCUCCAAGCUGGUGAGAGAGACAGAGCAGGGUGCUCUCUUUUCUGCUGUGGCCUGUGUGAACGGCCUGGCCAUGCUGACGGCCUCCGGCAUCUUCAACUCACUCUACCCAGUCACCCUGAACUUCAUGAAGGGGUUCCCCUUCCUCCUAGGAGCUGGCCUCCUGCUCAUCCCAGCCGUUCUGAUCGGGACACUGGAAAAGGCUGGUCCUCACCCUGGGUUCCAGCAGUUUCCCCAGAGCCCCUGAUCUGCCUGGACCAGAAGACAGAGGGCAAGAGGAGCAAAGUGAACACCAGCCAACUGGAGGUCUCCAGCUGGAAGCCCCCCCCCCCCUACAGCAGCACCACAACUCCUUUCAAAGGGCAGCGCUCACUGUGGACGACGUGGUCAAGACAGACCAAGGGGCCACCCCAUCCACAGCUGAGCCAGCCUCUGACUAGGAUCUAGAAUCAUAACCCAGACAGGCCCACUGCAGGGCAGGUGGCAGGGGAGCUAUUUGGGACAGGAGUCAGUUCUCCCUUUCUGCCAUCCGUCACUUACAACCCCUCAGGGCAGAGGAGAGGUCCUGACGGAGGUGACACCUCAGGGACCAGAGGCAGCACGAGGGCUGGCAUCUCCCCUUCCAGCCCAAACUGCACAGCCCCAACCAGGUUCCCGACGUGUGCAGCAGCCCCCAGUCACUCCUUAACAAUGAAUGUGGUACCUGGUUAGUGCCCGCCUUGGGAAGGAGGGAGGGAGACGGGGGGAGCUUGGUGAUCUUCGGAGGAAGAGUGCUGCUUUCCCUGUGGUUGGGGCAUCGAUCCUUGGCUAUGGCCUACCCACUCCCUGGGCUCAAGAGUGCCAAUCAUUGUAAAUCAAUUUUAUCAAACUGAAACAAACCUCUUGGUGCCUCGGGCUUUGGGGCCCUCUGUUUUCCUGCUCCCCGUCUGCCUGCCAUAGGUCAGACAACAGAAGUUGCUGGGCUGAGCAGGAGCCCCUGAGCUGCCCGGUGGAUUGUACUAAGUGGGGCCAGCCAAGGCUUCUGCUGGCUUGCUGUGCAACUUUGAGCAAGCCCCACUAGAUCAGUGAUGCCCCAAAUUGUUGAAUUGUGGGGAUCACAUUUGGUUGGACAAGUUAGGAAACUUAGCUGAUGCUCCGAGAUCCUUCCCACCUCCUCAUACAUCCUACAAUGAGAUACCUCUCUUCAUGCGCCUGGGGAAGGGAGGAAUGAGUUUUGUCUGGACAACUGACCUCUGAAUGUCCCUAAGCAGUUCUUGGCCCCUGGGAAGAAGUUGGGGGAGGGUCUGGCUGACUCAGCCCCAACCGAGAGGUGGCAGCUGCAGCCCAGCCAAGCAGAACACUCUAGCCCUACAGACAUGUGUCCAAGCAGGCUUUGGAGGAAAGGCCACUUCUGAGUACUCUAUGUCAGGAGGGGCCAGACCUAGGUGCCUGCCCUGGUGAUCUGAGCUGUGUUUGUCCUGGCAGGGGUGGCAGUCACCUUUGAACACACUGGCCUUGGCUUAGGGGAGGCUCAUGACUUCAGCUGUUCCUGUUGGGGCCAGAUGCUGGCCUCUGAUUCCCCAGAGAGACAGAAGGUCAGUCAGAGGUCAACCAGAAGGCCACACAGGGCGGUGGACAGCAGUGGAGGGUACACUAAACAGAAAAAAUGCAGGAAACCUCUCUGAAUACUGCCUAUUGGGACCUCAGGAGGGGGUGGGACUGACUGGAGACAGAGAGCCAGAAAUCAUCCCCUGGACACACUCGAGACAAUAUUUUAUUGACUCUGUCCUGUGAGGGCAGCGUCCGGUCUGCCCUGCUUGCCAUGUCCAUGCCCUGGCACUGGCGAGCGUUUGUGCUGCAUGAGGAAAGGAGGAUCAGGUGGGGUCAAAACCAAAGUGUCAAGGCUGGGACUGGCCAAGACAGACCCCGGCAGGGAGGGGAGUGGAAGGAAGGAGCCCCAAACCUGGAGUGAGACCUUUGACUCUCUGAUGAUGUGGCCGAGAGCGAGGCGUCACCUAGCACAGCCAGGAGUGGGGCUGGGGGUGCAGCCAGCCUUGAGGUGUGAACACCUGGCCGUCAGGAGGGAAGAGCUCUCAGCAGACCCCACGACCUGGAGCCUGAGUUUAUUGGAGGGUACUUUCUUGCCCUCUGAACCCAGUGGAGGAGGGCGCAAGAGGACAUUACUGCUCAGUUAUUUCUGUAUGGCUUCUGGGUCCACUUUUUGUUGCAAAAUCCUGUCCCCCACUGCCAGCUUCCUUGGGGUAAGGGGGAAGAAAUAGCCCAGCCUGAUGAUGAUUCUCAGGAGAGCAAUUCCACUGCCAGCGGACUGGGUGCCAGGAGGCCUGGGUCUGGAUCUGGGGCUGCCACCAAUGACAGGAAACUGGGCGUAUCUUCAAUCUUUCUGAGCCUCAGUGUCCUUAUCUAUAAAAUGGGGAUGAUAAUACCAGGUAGGGUUGCUCCGAUGACUAGAGACCAUGGCGUGGAGUGUUUGGGAAAUGGCAAAGAUUUGUGAGGGCUUUAUGCUUUAGAGAUUUCCUGCCCUUAACCACCAGCAGCAGCUCACCUGGGAAUCUAAGAAAUGCAGAGUCUCAGGCCCCACCCCAGAUCUCCUGAUUUUAACAUUUCCAGGUGAUUCGGACUUUAAAGGUAACAACGCUUUCCCUUUUUAGGAUCUUGCAUCUUUCCACAGAGCUGCAGGUUCUGAGGCUACUUCUGCUGCCAUGGGGGCUGCCUGGUCCCUGAGCAAGCGGUGGGUAGCCCUGGUUGGCUGAGGGGCUGGGGAAACCCUCUAGGCCCGACCAGGCAGGAGCCUGAGGCACAGCACCAAGGCACGGGGUAGGAUGGUCUUUGAGGCACCGCCUCCCCGUGCCCAGACCCAGGCCCAAACAGGAGGCUCCUGUGCACCAGCAAGUGCAACAAAGCUGGCUGCAGCAAAGUCAGAGGGAGGGCUGGUUUGCCUCAACCCCUGGCCCUGAAUGUGGCAAAAGACACCACACCAAAGGAAGCUGUAGGGGAUCUGGGACCUCGUCAGGCUGGCUAAGGGCACUGAGUGAUUACAGGGCAAGGCCACAGAGCAGCAGGAAGUUGUAAGCGCAGGGGCCAGGCACAGUCUGGGUGGAGAGCCAUGAAGGCACUCAUCCCUGGCUGGCUCCCAGGCCCAGGCUUCUUGCUCAGAAUACAGUGCCAAGGCCCACCAGGGCAUUGCCCGGAUUCCUGUCUGAGCUGCCUGCCUUCAUCCUCCUCAAGUUGGCUACUAUCUGAGCAGGAGACGGGAAUGCAGGAACCACCCCCACCCCAAUUCCAGUGUCUCCAGAACUGAACAGGGAUCCUCACCAUGAUUGAGACAGACAACGAAACAGGCAACCCGCUGGCAGGGCCUCAGGGAGUUCUAACCAGCCCUCUGCCCAAGCCUGACUUCCCCUCCCUUUCCAGAUACUGAGGAAAGUGGGUUGGAGGUGGGCCAUGAGGGUGGGGGGCAGGGAGAGCCAUUUCCUGAGCAGAGCACAGGUUGUCUCAGCCCAGGGAGGCCAGUUUCCUUCAGAAAGGACAAUGGAAAUGGAAGUCGCAGCAGGGCUGGGGAACUGGGGACUGGUUAGGUCGGACCCAUGGGUGCAGCACCCUCCAAACUGGUGUCAGAGCCUGCAGAUGAGUCCCGGGAUGAGCGGCCCUGUAAGAAGCGGAUGAUCUUCUCGAUGGUGGCUUCCUGGUAUUCGUGGGACCACCUGUGGGCACAGAAGCAUGUGGGUCAGAAGCUGGGGAGAGGGAGCUGCUAGUCAGCUGUUUGCCCACACACCGCCUGUCAUGGCGACUUGUACCCUACCCAGCUGGUCCCAUGGCCCUGGGGCUCACUUGAUGCCGUUGAAAGUAAGUACAGCCUGCAUGUCCUCAGGCAGGACCUGGGGCUCAGGCCACUCGAAGCCAUCAAUGACGGGCACAAUGUUUUUGCCACAGCUUAAAGCAGUCACAAUCUCCUGCAGAAAGAAAGGAGAAGAGGAAGAUAGCCCUGUCCCCAUCUAGACACCCUUGUAGCCAGGCAGGUGCUGGGAGGGCCACUAGCUCGAGGCUGGGCCCAGGGGAAGACACUAGUCCUGAAGUCCACCUUGAUGUCUCCUUUAUCCCUUGUAGUAUAUAAUAAAAAAUACAAUUU